ACUCAGGCCUGUUCUACGAUUUUGGACACCCAAAUUUUUGCUUCGAGCUCCCCUCUUCGCAUCAACGGAACUUCGAAAUUUUUUUGCAAAUCUUUAUGUUCUGAUUCCGAUUGUUAUCAAUUAGAGAAAACCCAAAUGCUUAGUCCCCACAAAAAUCUAUGCAGGUUCGUCUAUGGCCUGAACCACAACCAUUCUUUUCACCGUACACGUUCAGCAUCCUCUUACCAAUACAACCAGAGAAACCAUGGUGCGAACGAAAAUGUUCGAACGAAAGACGGGAACGAAGAAGCCCAAUUGUAUUUCUACAAGAGUAGAGGCCAACACAUUCUCACGAACCAGCGAAUUCUGGACUCUAUUGUUCGAAAAUCUGCCAUAAGGCCGAGCGACACAGUCUUGGAGAUCGGACCCGGCACCGGCAAUCUGACAUUGAAGCUCCUAGAAGCUUCCCAAAAGGUCAUAGCCAUUGAAAUCGACAAACGAAUGGUCGAGAUUCUUCACAGACGCGUGGUGGAACAUAAAUUUGAAGACCGCAUUUGUGUCAUAUGCAAAGAUGCUUUGAAGUGCGAGUUUCCUCGUUUCGACCUCGUCGUGGCCAACAUCCCUUAUGGCAUAUCUUCGCCGCUUGUGGCCAAGUUGGUAUACGGGGCAAUUCCAUUUCGGAGCGCCACGCUUCUCCUUCAGAAAGAGUUUGCUCGGCGGCUUUUGGCGGAUCCUGGUGACUCGGAGUACAACCGUUUGGCUGUGAAUGUGAAGCUGGUGGCUGAUGUGGAGUAUGUCAUGGAUGUAAGCAAGAGGGAGUUUGUUCCUUGUCCGAAAGUCGACUCAUCCGUGGUCAUAAUCCGCCCCAAGAAGGAAGUUCCAGAAGUGAACCUGGAAGAGUGGCGGUCUUUCACGAGAACUUGCUUUGGCAAGAAGAAUAGAACACUUGGGGCAACCUUCAAGCAGAAGAGGAAGGUGAUAGAGCUAAUCCAUUCAUCAAAAGUGGCCUCAAAUUCUGAGAAUUCCAUUGGUGGGAACAAUGAAGAAAAGUCAUCUUCUUCAUCUUCGGAGAAGGGGUUUGAUUCUUUCAAGGAGAGGAUCAUAGAAGUUCUAAAAUCUGGAGAUUUUGAAGAUAAGAGGCCUGCAAAGUUGUGUAACAAGGAGUUGCUGCAUUUGCUGGCGUUGUUUAAUCGAGCUGGAAUAUAUUUUCACGAUGGAGCAGAGCUCCAGGAUGCAGAAAGAAGAUCCUUAGCUGAUGCCUACUGUUCAGAAUCAGAACAGUAAUUUUCCUUCUUCCCCCUGACUGGGCGAUAGCUUAAUAAUCUUUUAUUCCGCUGCCAAUUGACAAACUUUGUGUCCAUUUAACCGAUAGUCGUCUUCGGAAAGAGAUUGAAAGAUCAUUUUCUUCGAGUCGAGCUAUGUAUCCAAGGAUGAGUUUGCUAA